AUGCUUCUGCCAACCCAAUCGCGACUCAUCUCGUCCCUACGAUUACUGAAACAAAAGUGGCGCAGUCAUGCAGGAGCAACCGAUCCUACACGUGGGGAAGAGCCCUUGCUUUCUCGUUUGAGAGACGUUAUCCACCAUACCUGGUAUUUGGGAUUUACGUCUUUUGGAGGACCACCGGUUCAUUUCCAGAUAUUCCAUGCUCGGUUUGUGGAAAAGGAGAAGUGGGUUGAUGAUCAGACAUAUCAAGAGCUCUUCGCCAUAUGCCAGGGCCUUCCAGGCCCGGCGUCAACAAAGAUGUUGUUCUGUCUAGCGUUGCUACACGCAGGAUUUGUCCCUGCUUUGCUUGUAUUUUUUCUCUGGUGUCUCCCCGGCGCAAUCGGCAUGUAUGCCCUCUCUCUCGGCGUGCAACGGAUUGAGGAAACACUUCCUGCACCAGUCUACGCUCUUCUUUCCGGGUUGAACGCCUCCACAUGCGCUUUGGUAUUUUCCUGUUUUAAUGGUCGCUGGCGGAGUUUCCACUGCACUAUGGGAUGGGAGGGUAUGUCAGCGGAUUCUGAGGGCGAAGAAAGCAUGGAGAGAUAG